GUUUUAACUUGACCUUCCAAACUCUUGACUCGGCGCGCGAUAUCCCUCGGCCCUCUGCUUUCCCCGAUGCUCGGUGCUCCAUCCAGUUAAACUGCACUCGUUCUUCUAAGGUUCUGGACAAGGCGCGUUGGCACAAGCGAUUCUGCAUUCUAUAUAAUAUCACUCGCGAAAAUGUAACGCAGGUCUUUUUUGAAUAUUUCAAGGAUUCCUCUUGUAGCAAGCUCAGAGGACGCGUGGAUCUUGAACAUUGCGACAGAAUUAUCAACAAUGCAAACUGCUGUAUGCCAAAUACCUUCUCUUUACGAACUAUGUUCGAAGGGAGCCAGCGUGAUUAUUACUUUGCCGCUGAAAGUCAGGAGGUUAUGAUGCAGUGGGUCAAAGCACUUGUAACACUAAUAGGGAUGGUUGACACUACGGGUCGAUCCGUAUAA